CGCUUCACGCUUGACGCUUAACGUUUUCCUCUCCUGAACUCGAUUGCUCCCCGUCCACGAUCAACCAAUCCCUCCUUUCCCCCCUCCCCACUCUUCUCGCCCCGGGUUUUCCCACCCAUGGCCACCAGCGAAAACCUCAAAGAUGCGGCAGGGAAUGCGGACCCUUCCCCGCCCUCACUCCCGGGCACCGGCACCUCUUCCCCAGCCCCCACCUCGGCAGGCAACGCCCGUCGUCAAGCCUUCCUUCGUUCCGCCUCGAUCCCUACGCUCGAACAGGCAGCAGCCCCUCGCUUGAAACCGCGAUGGUUGUUCGCCGAGGGGAAGGGAAAGGGGUGGGCCACUUUUGGUUUGGGGGAUUCGGGGAGGAUUGAGAAGGGGUGGGGGGAAUGGAGGGGGGAGGUUAGAGAGGGGAAGGUAGAGGCUGAGCAUGAGCAAGAGCAAGAGGGCAAGGGAGAGAAGGAGGGGCAGAACCACUUCGAUCUCCCACCUGCUGAUCCUACUCAACCACUUCCCUCCUGGCGCGUCCCUGUGGGGGAAGAUCGAUUAUUCGAAGUAGACGUCCGCUCCUCACCCCCCUCCUCUUCCUCCUCCUCCUUCUCGCCCACCACGCCGGGCAUGCACCCCGUCUUCUGGCGUGGACCGCGAGUCGAGGUACGGAGGGGCGAAUGGUUCUUCGAGUCCAGUAGGUUGGCACCUUGCCCCGCCGAACUGUCUAGGGAGCUAGAGGAGCAUUACGCCAAGAUAGGGCCUUGGACGAGCGCGUAUGCGGAUGAGUUGAAGGCUAGCGCCAGUAUUGGGGCAGAGGGCGAGGAGAAGCUCAUCUGUCGCCUCACCACCCUCAAGAGCAGCUAUGUCAUCUUCUCCGGCUCGCACUUGGCCCGCAUCUAUACCGAGGGCAUGUCUACCCGCCUCGCCAAGACGUUGCUCACCGCAUGGGCGGGGGAGCACGGUGGUGGGACAGUCGUUGUGCGAGGGUAUGAUCAGGUACAGAAGUUGCUCAAGGCUAGGAGGGGGGAUGUGAGUAGUGGUGGAAGUGGGAAGAAGCAAAAGGGGAAGCACAACCGAGGAGGGGCAGGGACGGGAGAGGCUUCUCAGACUUCGACGCCUGUCAAGGGGAGCAAGGCGCUCGAGGGGGGUGAGCAGCAGCAGCAGGGAGAGAAGACGGAGACAGAUGAGGGGGCGGCGGCCAAGGCGGGACGGGAGAGCUCCGAUACCCAGCAGUCAUCGACGGACAUCUGGACGUCCCUCACCUCCAAGUUCAACUCGUGGUCCUCCACCACCAAGGCCCAACAAGACGCCGUAGCCGCUUCGUUCAAAGAGGCUCAGCGGCAUACGCAAGACCUUCCCCCUGCCGACCGCGACUCCGAGGUGGACGUAACCUCCGACGAUUCGGACGACGAGGAAGCCCACGAGCUAGCCUUGGAACGCGAGGCCGAGAGCGAGGAAGUGGAGCUCGUCUUCUGCUGGCACGGCAUAGGCCAGAAGUUGGCCGAGGAAUGGAAGUCCCUCGAGUUUAGCCUCGCGGUCAAUUCCUUCAAGUCUCUUCUGCGCAAACGUGCACACGCGCCUCCUCCAGCCCAUGUAGGUGGGGAAGGCAUGGCUAAGUUGACGAGGGGGAAGAGAUUAGUCCUCGUGCCCAUUGAUUGGAGGACGACGUUGAAUGAUUUCAAGCCGGGGAGACGCGGCGGCGGUGGGCAAGAAGGCGAGGGUGAGGAAGAAGAGGAAGAGGGGGAGCCACCACAGCUGGAGGACAUCUUUGGUCCCCCUUCCUCCAUCCCUCUCGCUCGACAGAUCACCAAGAACCUACUCCUGGAUAUACCCCUCUACCUCUCCCACCACAAGGCCGAAGUCCUCCGACGCUGCAUCGCAGCAACUAAUCGAGCUUAUGCCCUUUUCCUACAGCGUAACCCUGGCUUCAAUCCUUCCUCCUCGACCAAGAAGAAGGGGGGGAAAGUCUCCCUUAUCUGCCAUUCACUCGGCUGCGCAAUUGCCGUUGAUGUGCUUAGUGCGCAGCCCAGCACAGUAGGGGAGGGUAAGCGCGGGCUGGAAGAGAUUACGACGUGCAAACACCUCGCAUUCGAUGUACGCAAUCUCUACUUUUGUGGAUCACCCGCUGCCCUUUUCUUCUACUUGGAGUCGAGACAGCUAGGUGCACGGCGUAGGCACGGGCGCGGGCGCGGGCACGACGCUCCCGAUGAGGGGGAGGGUAAGCCCUCCUCUUCCUCCUCCUCCUCGCUAGAUCGCCCCACUUGGGGAUCUCUCCCCGUCUCCUCGAUCUGGAACGUACUCCACUCCACGGACCCGAUUGGCACGCAUCUCAACGGGUGCGUGGAUCGUCACUACGCCCGUGAGCGCGCUGGACCUGUACAAGUGGAUAGGGUGGUGGAGGCCAUAUUGGGCGGACUGAAAGGGGCCAAGACGGUGGCGUCAAGUAGAGUGAACAGGGGGGAGAAGGCGGGAGCAGGAGGAGGAAGAGAAGGGCCAUCGGGGUCGAGCGGAUUUUUUGCGAGUUGGGGAAGAACAACAGAAAGUAGUACUGCCGUGGCUGCGCAGGACAAGGCGGCGAGUGGGGCUUCGAGCCCUACUACCCCUCCUGCCGACCUGGGCGAGGUGCCCACCAACAAGAAGGCGAAGCGCAAGAGUGGUGCCUCUGGCCUGCUGAGCAAAGGCAAGGACGGGCUUGGUCUAGAUGCAGUUACGACCGCGACGGCCUCACUCAAGGCGCAGCAGUGGGCUGCCAAGUUUGCUCAGAGUAAGCUGACCGGCACGACGACGACGACGACGGCUCAGGCUCAACCUGCUGCUGCUGCUGGUAGCGAGGGUGGGGAAGAGGCUACGCCUGGGCCAAGUGAUCCAACAGAGGUGGAGCACGCGGGCAAGACGUCCUACCCUCCCCCUCCAGUACCGGCACCUGUUGAAGCGGACGCGCAGCUGGCUGAGGAGAUGGAGGAGGCCAUGCAAGACGCCAAACCGCAGGCGGAGGACAAGACCAAGCCCGGGUUGGCUGGUGAUGAUGCCACGAAGCCCGAAGUCGAAGAAGAAGAGGCCGAGACGAUUGCGCAACAUCGAGCAAAGGAGCGCGACGAGGGCAGGGAGGAGGAGGGAAAGGCUACUACCGCACGCGAUACCGGAGAGGACCACGAAGACGAGCACAAAUUGAGCGCAACUAGACGAGAGAGGGCGCAUGAUCGUUUUCUCGCUCUGAACCCGCUUGGUCGGAUUGAUUACAUCCUGCCAAAACCUGCCCCCUCUCUGCUGGUGCCCGCAGCCAUGCUCGAGUACGUGCAGAUGUUGCAAGCCCACGCCGGGUAUUGGAGCUCUGAGGCUUUUGCUGAUUUCGUCUUGGCCACUAGCGCGAUAUGUGAUGACGACGGGGGCGGGAUAGAUGGAGGUGGAGAUGGAGAGGAGGGAGAGAGGGGGAAUGGGAAGGGAGCCCCGACUUGGGGUGAGGUGAGGGGGAGAUUGUUUGGGGAUGAGGAUUCGAAGGGUGAAGGCAAGGGGGAGUGAGAUGAUACCAGGAUUCCGCUAGAAACGACUCGCGACGACGAAUGUAAUGUAGAUAAAACUCGCCAUGACGGAACCUUCUUGGACAACGAAGGGC